CCGGGAACGUGGACUACAUUUCCCAGACGCCACCGCGCCGGAAGUAAACGAUCGCUUCGGGUCAGCCUUCUAAGUCAGAGGAAGAAGUUGGCAUAAUUCUCCAUUGAGAAAGGCGGGAGCCGCGGGCUGGGUGUGGCGUGGACAGCGGUGCGGGGGAGGAUCCUGAAGAAGAAUGGCCAGCUCUGGUUCUCAAGACACGGCCUGUGGCGCAGUGACAUUUGGGGAUGUGGCUGUUGACUUCUCUGAGGAGGAAUGGGCCUGCCUGGAUUCUGCUCAGAGGGCCUUCUACAGGGACCUGAUGUUGGAGACCUACAGCAACCUGGUCACAUGGGAAGCUCCAUUUCCAAACCUGAUCUGAUCACCUUAUUAGAGCAAGAGAGAGAGCCCUGGAUGGUGGUGAAGGAAGGCACAAACAGGCCCAGCCCAGAUUUGGAGUCAGAUUGUGAAGCUCAAAAACGAUCUCCAGGCAAUCAUAAUAUAAAUCCAUCCAAAGAGAGCAUAAAACAUAUAAGUAAAACUUCUGACCUCCAGGGCUCCAGUGUUAGUCAUGGCCCCAACUCCAGGACAUUCAAGGGACUACAGACUUGUCAAGCAGGAAACGAUGAACAAGGAAACAAGGAAACAAUGCCCUCUUACCCCAGACAGCGUCUGACUCACAACACAGAAAAGGCGUAUGAAUGUAAAGAAUGUGGGCAGUACUUUGGUUGUAGUUCAACUCUUAUUCAGCAUCAGAGUGUUCAUACUGAAGAGAGACCCUAUGAAUGUCAGGAAUGUGGGAAAACCUUCAGACUCCACCAACAACUUACAAGACAUCAGAAAUCGCACAGUGGUGAGAAGCCUUUUGAAUGCAAGGAGUGUGGGAAAACCUUCAGACUCCCCUACCUUCUUAUAAGACAUCAGACAUCGCACAGUGCUGAGAGACCUUUUGAAUGCAAGGAAUGUGGUGAAUCUUUCAAGCGUAAAUCCAGUCUUUCGCAACAUAGGGUUAUUCAUUCUGUUGUGAAACUAUAUGAAUCUAAUGAGUAUGGAAAGGCCUCUAAUUGUCAGUCAGACUUCAUGGAACAACAGAAAACUCAUUCUGGUGAGAAACCCUUGCAGUGUAAGGAAUGCAAGAAGGCCUUCACUGUACUAGCAAAGCUCAUCACUCGGACCAAGAACAAGCAUCCUGGAGAGAAAUCCUUUCAUUGUAAACAGUGUGGCAAGGUACUCAGUAAUGGCUUAUACUUUGAGCAGCACCAGAGUGUUCAGACAGGUGAGAAACCCUUUGGGUGUAAUGUGUGUGAGAAGGCGUCUAGGCUUCAGUCAUACCUCUCUGAGCAUCAGAAAACUCACACUGAUGAGAAACCUUUCAAGUGUAAGCUGUGUGGGUCAGCCUUCAGACGUAAGUACCACCUUACUGAACAUCAGGGCAUUCAUACCGAUGAGAAACCCUAUCAGUGCAAGGACUGUGGGAAAUACUUUCGUCGACGUUCGAAUUUUACUGUGCAUCAGAGUAUCCACACUAAUGUGAAACCUUUCAAGUGUAAACUCUGUGGGGCAGCCUUCAGACUUCAGUCUCUACUUACCCAACAUCACAGAAUUCAUACCGAUGAGAGACCUUACCAUUGCAAAGAAUGUGGGAAAAACUUCCGUCGACGUUCAAAUUUUACUGAGCAUCAGAGUAUCCACUCUGGAAAGAAACCCUUUGAGUGUAAGCAAUGUGGGAAAGUCUUCAGACUUAAUAUCCAUCUCAUUCGCCACCAGAGAUUUCAUAGUGGCGAGAGAGCUUUUGAAUGUACGGAGUGUGGAGAGGCCUUUCGUCUUCGUGCCCACCUUAAGAGCCAUAAAAUAAUUCAUUCAAAUGAAAAACUGUUUGAAUGUGAGGAAUGUGGGAAGUCCUUCAAGCGUGUCUCCACCCUUGUCCAACAUAGGAAUAUUCAUGCUGGUGUGAAACCAUUUGAAUGCAACGAGUGUGGGAAAGCCUUUAAUCGGCGCUCAAACCUCACACAACAUCAGAAAAUUCAUUCUGGUGAGAGACCCUUUCAGUGCAAGCAUUGUGGGAAGGCCUUCACUGUUCUGGCACAGCUCACUCGCCACCAGAACAUUCAUACUGGAAAGAAAUCAUUUGAAUGUGAGCAGUGUGGGUCAGCUUUCAGACUUCAUUACCAACUUACUCAGCAUCAGAAAAUCCAUACUGAUAUCAAACCCUAUCAGUGCAAGGUAUGUGGGAAAGGCUUUGUUCGUGGUACAGGCCUUAGAAUUCAUGAGAAAACCCAUACCGGUGAUAAGCCCUUUCUAUGUAAGGAAUGUGGGAAGUCCUUCCGAAUUCAGACGGAACUUACCCAACAUCAGAGAACUCAUACUGAUAUCAAACCCUACCAGUGCAAGCAAUGUGGAAAGGGCUUUGCUCGUGGUAGAGGACUUCGACUUCACGAGAAAAUCCACACUGGUGAGAAGCCCUUUCGGUGUUCAGAAUGCAGGCAAACCUUUCGAUAUCAUUACCAAUUUCUUGGACAUGUUAGAAUGCAUGCUGGCAAGAAUCCUUAUGAAUGAAAGAAUGUGGGAGCUACGUUACUCGUGAUGGAUACCUUAAAGCACAUCAGAGAAUCCACACUGGUGAGGAACCUUACCAAUGUUAAAAAUGUGAAAAGCCCUUUAGUUGAAAAUCAAGCUUAGUUUGGCAUGCUUAAGUUCAUAUUAGUCAAAAGCCUUAUGGAUGUAAAGAAUGUGGAAAGGCCUUUAGCAUUGAGUCUAAGCUAGUUAAUUGUAUAUCAGAGAAUUCAUUAUGGUUAAAAAAAAAAAACAUUAAUGGAAGAAUUGUGGGGAAAUAAUCUAGAUUUAGUUGCGUCUUCAUAAGCACAGUGGAUAAAUCAUUCUGGUAUCAAACCCUGUCACUGUAAAGUAGACUUCAAUUGGAGCUCAGACCUUCAACAUAAAGAAAUCCAUGCUGGUGUGAAACCCUAUGAAUGCAAGGAAUGUGGAAUUCAUAGAAUUAACUUCUCUAAAACCUCAUGAGAGAGUCCAUAUAGAUCUGAAACCUCAUGAAUGUAAAGAAUGGGAAAUCCUUUAUUGUAAAUGGCAAGUUUAUGCUACAACAGAAAAUACCCACUCCCCAGGAGUCCUGUGCAUGUAAAGACUAUAAACAAUUCUGUGUAUCAGAGUACUCGUACUGGCAAGACUGCAACGGAAAAGUAUGUGGAAAGAACUUUAAUUUGCCCUAGAAUGAAAUGUCAAGGAUCCUUGAUAUCAAGGAUCUCUCUGCAAAUGAGAAUGCGGGAAGUUUGUCUGUCAUGGGUGAUGCUCUGUUGAGAAUUGUGUGUGAAUGUCAGAAGUAUAGGACGGCCAUCAUGUUCUUGAUUCACUCUCGUCUUGUUCAUUGUAUAAACAUAAUUCCCAUAAUCCCUCAAACACUACUCUCCCAGGACAGUCGACUUAGAGAGAGCUGUUAUUGGAACUAGGUUUAUCUGAGGCUCCUUCCUUGUCACCACUCAUGUUCCGUGGCUCCUGUCAUAGUCGACUGAACAUUUACUUUCUUUGUGUAUAAUUUGUUAGUGGCAAGCACAGUACCGGCCAAAGUUGUGGGGGGAAAGGGUCGUUAUAAAUAAUAAAAAUCUUGAAAGAA